AUGGCGGCGUGGGGUCUCUCGUGGCUAGAGACGGCCACCCAGAAAAUCAGGGAGGUAGAACACUCCAUCAAUGCCGCCGUGGGCCAGGACGACGAUGAGAGCACCAGCAGCGCGCCUCCCAUCCGCGCUGGUGAGGUGGUGGCGGGCGUGCGUCGUCCGCCGCUGCUGACCCCCCAGCCCGCCAAACCCGCCGGGUGGAGCGACGCCCGGAGCAAGAAGAUGAAGGAAGCGGAGCCGUCGCUGGAGGAUCUGCUGAACUCGGACGCCCUGCUGCCGGUCACGACGUCGCCCACUCGGGCGGCCGCCAAGACAAGGCCGGCGGCGGCUGCCUCCGCCAAGCGGCCGACGUCGAUCACCACCACCGCCGCCGCCACCAACGGCGGCCCGCCGCGUUCGCCCACCGCAACCGCUGCAGCGGCGGCUCCGCCCACGCAGAAGCGCAGCAGUGACUCGGGACCCGCGGCCAAUGCGACCGUGCCACCACCGCCCGCCGCCGCCUCUUCCGAUUCGUCCGUCGACUCAGCCGCCACCAAUGGCCGAGCGCCGCCGUCGCCGCAGGAGGAAGCGCCGGCCGAGGCAGCGAUCGCUGACCACCGCGCGGAGGCGAGUGACCGACGAGCAGCAGCAGAAGAAAAAGCAGUCAAGGAGGAAGAGGAGGAGACGAGGGACGAGGCCGAGCCAAGCUCGCCGGUCGGUCCAGUCGCGGAGGAGGCGACGCAGGCGAUCACCACCGCCGCCAACGGAGCAGAAGAGAGCGAGGCCGGCAGCGGAAGCAGUGACGACGAUGACGGCGGUGGCGCCGACCACCGGAGCGCUGGGGUCGACGGUGUCGGCGUCGGCCUCGAUCAGGCGAAGGAGGCCCCGGAUGCAGGCUACGGCGAACAGUCCACCGACACCGCCGACGCCGACGCCGCCGCGGACAACGUGCCAACGACAGAGGCCGCGACCCACGUCGACGGUGGUGCCGAAGUCGAGCAAGACGUGCGGGCCGACAGCGCGGACGACGUCGCACCACCACCGCCAGCAGCUGCGGAGCCGACCGAGACCGCCGCCGACGACGACUCUGUCAGAGACGUUGUGGCGGCGGCUGCAGCUGCUACCGGCGACGACGGCGACGAGCAACAACCGCCGCCGCCGGCAGCAGAAGCGUCUGGUGGUGGGUCCGAAGCCGACGCCGACGCCAGCGAGCUGCCGGAGCCCGGAGUGUCGGCCGAUGAUGAAACGGCGGCGGCCGCAGGUGGCGCAGUGGUGACGGAACAAGCCAAGGCGGCGGCAGACGACGGGCAGGCGGAGCGGGACCAGGAGCGAGCGGAACUGCGGAGCCGCGUGGGCACGCUGACGCGGGUGCUGGCCGACCGCGAGCGGCAGGUGGAGAGCCUGGCGCGGGAGCACGCCCACCUGCAGGACGCGUGCGCGGUGGCGGCCCGGGAGAAGGAGGAAGCGCAGCGGUGGCGGCGAGAGGCCGAGGCCAAGAUGGCGCACAUGCGCGACGAGUUCGCCCAGCGCGUGGCCGCUCUCGAGCGCACCACCGCCAACCUCACCAGGGAGCGCGACACCCUGUACCAGAAGCUGCGCAAGCGGGAGGACAAGGACAAGGAGGACAGUGAGAAGGACGAGAUCAUGAGCCAGCUGCGGGAAGAGGGUGAAAAGCUGUCGCAGAAGCAGCUCAAGUUGGAGAGCACGAUCAAGCAACUGCGCACCAAAGAGAAGGAAUCAGACUCCACCAUCGCCUCCCUCAAGGAGCUGCUUGCCGACGCUGAGGCCCGCGUCGAGCUCGCGCAGUCCAAGACCCGCGACAACGAUUCGCUGCUGGCCAAGUACAACGACAUGGUGGCGGGGCUGAAAGAGGCGGCCGAGCUCGCCGGUCGCCACGCCGAGGACAAGGACCGCAUCGUCGCCGCCGCCCAACAACGCGUCUCUGAACUCGAGGCACCGCUCCUCCCUCCACUGCCGCUUUUCGCCGAAAAGGAGAAGGCGCACCGACAGGCGGCCGAGGCGCGCAAGCAGCUGCAGGCGGCCGAGGAGCGCCGAGAGGCCGAGCUCGACAAGGCGCGGGCGGAGGCCAAGGACGCCCUCCACGACCACCUCCGACGCGCCGACGAGCGCGAAGCGGCCCUCGCCCUCACCGUGCAGCAGCUGCGCGCCUCCCUCGCCAACGUGGGCGAACAAUCUGCGGGCCGGGAGGAUUUGCUGCGACAAGAGCUACAGUCGCUGCAGGGCCGACUGGCGGCGGCCGAGGCGCGCGCGGCCGAGGUGUCGACGACUAUCGCCGAGGCCACCACGCCGCUCGUGCGGCAGAUCGAGGCGCUGCACCAGGCCCACUCGCACGCGCUCCAGGAGCAGCACCGCAUCGAACGCGCGCUCACCGAUCGCAUCAAGGAGGAGGAGGAGCGCGCCGAGGAGGCCCACAGUGAACUCCAACGCGCGCACGACGCCAUGGCCAAAAUGCGGACGCGAAUGCGAGAGCUCGAGGCGGAGAACGAGGAGCUGGGCGCGCGGGCGAGGGCGCUGGCCAAGCGGGCCGACGACGAGCAGCGGCAGGCGACCGAGGCCCGCGAGGAGUGCGAGCGGGCGCGCCAGGCUGCGCAGCGCGCACGUCAGGAGGCCGACGAGGCCCAGCGCGACUACGAAUCGCGGCUCGCUGCCGAGCUGGCCAAGGCCGCCAAGGACCACCAGCAGAUGGUCCACCAGAUGGCCGCCGCUGCCGCU